AUGCACUCCGUCGAGCACCUGGCGCGCGCCGCCGCCGCCGCUCCCGGCGACGCCUCCGCCGUCCUCCUGCGCCUCCUCCCCGCAUGCGGCACCCUCCCCUCCCUGCGCGCCCUCCACGGCCGCCUCCUCGCGCGCGGCCUCCUCCGCGGCCUCCGCGCCCGCACCAAGCUGCUCAGCUGCUACGCCGCGCUCGGCGACCUCGCCUCCGCGCGCGGGGUGUUCGAGGGGACGCCCCGCCCGGACGCGUACGCCUACAGGGUCAUGCUCGGGUGGCUCAUCCACGCGGGGAGCCACGCGGACGCCGUCGCGCUCCACGGGGACAUGCAGCGGCGGUGCCCCGCGGCCGCGCAGGCCGACGUCGUGCUGUCCCUCGCGCUCAAGGCCUGCGUCAGGUCGGCGGAUUUCGGCUACGGGAGGAGGCUGCACUGCACCGUCGUCACGGCCGGCGGCGCCGAUAGCUUCGUGAUGAACUGCUUGGUCGACAUGUACGCCAAAGCUGGGGACCUGGAGACCGCCCGGAAGGUGUUCGACAGAGUUCCUGACCGGAAUGUGGUGUCGUGGACGUCGAUGCUGAGCGGGUCCAUCCAGAAUGGUUUCGCUGAAGAAGGAUUGGUGCUGUUCAACGAGAUGAGGAAAGACAGUGUGGAUCCAAGUGAAUACACGAUGGCGAGUGUUCUUUCUGCUUGUGCCAUGCUCGCUGGUUUGCAUCAAGGGAGGUGGAUCCAUGGAUCAGUGAUCAAACACGGCUUUUCUGCCAACUCUUUUGUCAGUGCCUCUCUGCUAGAUAUGUAUGCCAAGUGCGAGAAAGUAGAGGAUGCUCGACGUGUGUUUGAUGAGCUCGAGUCUGUUGACCUUGUUCUGUGGACAGCGAUGAUUGUGAGGUAUACACAGAACAAGUGCCCUCUUGAUGCCCUGCAGCUGUUUCUUCACAAGAAAUUUGCGAGCAUUGUUCCCGGCUCAUUUACCAUUCCCGCUGUUAUUUCUGCUUCUGCUCAGUUACGCAACUUAUCCCUCGGAAGAUCUAUUCAUGGUAUAGGGGUUAAGUUAGGUACAAUGGAGUCUGCUAUGGUCAGGAAUGCACUUGUCGAUAUGUAUGCCAAAUGUCAAGCCUUGCCAGAUGCUAACAGCAUAUUUGAAAGGAUUUUGAUCAAGGAUGUAGUCGCAUGGAAUUCAAUGAUGGCAGGUUACUCUGAGAAUGGGAUGGCCAAUGAAUCACUGGUACUAUUCAACCAGAUGAGGAUGCAGGGUUUAUCACCUGAUGCUAUCUCUGUGGUGAAUGCCAUUUCAGCUUGUGUUUGCUUGGCAGAUCUGCAUGUUGGUAAAUCUUUUCAUACUUACACGGUAAAGUAUGCAUUUAUGUCUGAUAUUUAUGUCAACACUGCUCUGCUGAACCUGUACAACAAGUGUGCUGAUCUCCUAUCUGCCCAGAGGAUUUUCAAUGAUAUGACUGACCGUAAUUCUGUCACUUGGUCUGCAAUGAUUGGCGGUUAUGGCAUGCAGGGUGAUUUAGCUGGUUCUAUUGGUAUUUUCAAUGAAAUGCUGAAAGACAAUGUCCACCCAAAUGAAGUAGUAUUCACAAGCAUCCUUUCCGCUUGUAGCCACACUGGAAUGGUUACUGCAGGAAAGGAAUAUUUUGAUAGCAUGGCACGGCAUUUUAACAUAACCCCUUCCAUGAAGCACUACGCCUGUAUGGUUGACGUGCUGGCCCGUGCCGGAAAUCUGGAAGAAGCAUUGGAAUUUAUACAGAAUAUGCCAAUGAAAGCAAGCAUUAGUGUCUGGGGAUCCUUCCUCCAUGGGUGCAAGCUACAUUCCAGGCUAGAAUUUGGAGAAGAAGCCAUCAAGAAGUUGGCUGGACUUCAUCCUGAAACACCAGAUUUUUGUGUGCUGAUGUCCAACUUAUAUAACUCAUAUGGAAGGUGGGAUAAAUCUCAAAACAUCAGAAGAUGGAUGCAGGAACAAGGGCUCGUGAAACUGCCUGGAUGCAGCUCCAUUGGGCAUGAUAAUGGAUGAUGAUGACACAGAGAUCUUGCAAAACAGAAAGGACCAUGGAGCUGUAUUUGUUGGUGUUUGGUAAAGAUUUAUAUGCAUUGCUGAGGACAUGUGGCAGCGGUAACACGAAAGCAAGAAGUUUUUAUAUGUGCAAAUAUCAUACCGGUAAAGAUAGCCAAAGAAGCAGAACGACAAUAAGGCAGUAACACUCUCUGAAUGGAGUACCCAGUUCCUUGUGAUUGCAUUGAAGUUAUGUGUAUCAGCUCACGAAGAAGUGAAGAUCCUUUAUUUUCCCCAUUGAGCACCAAAAACAUCACUUUUACAAAUUGAAUGGCGUACAGCGAAGCACUGAUGGACUAGAGGGAGUGGUUUAUCUCAAAAAAAAAGAGAAAAUUUUCGCGUAGUUUGGAAGUAAUCUCAUGUCAAGAAGGAAGCCUGACAGUUGCGGCAGGAAGGAUGCGUUCAUGCGUACUUGGAAAGAUGACACCCAUCUGCACUGUUUUCCCACACGUGCAUGCACCGUCACAACC